UUGUAGUGCAUGGGUCGAGCAUUCCCAUUUUUUAAUUUAUUUGUCUUCUUCGUUUCAUACACAAUUGCAAUCAUCCGAAAUUUACGAAUAAUGAACAAUAAAGGCCACGAUCUUUCGUCAAUGAAUUUCAUCAAACGUCAAGAAUUUUAAUUCACGUAUUAAUGCAUUAACCUGGUCAUUUUUCUUAAUUUUUUGACAUCGUCAUCUCGAACAAAAGAUCCCACAUUUGUGACAAUUUUAUGAUCGUCGAAAUCCAUUCAGAGUGCUUCGAAACCAAUAUUAGAACAACGAUGGACAGCUACGGGACAACGGCGAGGAUAAUAACCAUACUGAAUCACGUAGCGGCGCUUCGUAACUUCAUAGAUCCAAGAAAGAAUCAAUUGAAAUUCGUUUGCUGCUGGACGUGGAACAUAUUUCUGAUUCUUAUGGUCGCUGUCGUUCAAUUCCGCGUUGAACUGUACGUUCUGCAGAGAAUGCCUUUGAACAUAGAACACUUUGCGUAUAUAUUUCAGUAUGUUACACACGCGUUCGGCUAUACGAGUACAGUGAUCAUCGGUUUGUAUCAAUCCAAGAAUGCGUUGAGACUGAUGGAGCAGAUUGACAGAGUGGACGAGAAUUUGAAGAAUCUGGGGAUUGAGAUCGAUUAUCGGCGUUUGUCCCGUCACGUGAAAAUCGUAGGAUCAUUUUGGCUACUGAACGCGAUCAUAAUAUUAGGAAUUUUCAUCGCGUGGGUAGUGCGGACGAUCAUCCCACUGUCAUGCUCGUCUACGUUUACGUACAUUUACAUUACGAACGCCCAGUCGAUUGUUUUGUACGACUACAACACAGCCAUAUUCUGGCUGGGAUCGCGAUUUAAAGUGAUAAACCAGCUCUUGAAAACGUUGCUCCCGGAGGACGAUGAAAGAAACACCAUGGAAUCCAACGAGAAAUUCAUUUUCAAACCAAGUAGUAAUUUUCGAAAUCGAUUGGAAAUCGAUUGUUCGGUGUCCGCUCGUUCUUCAGAAGUCUCACAGACAUCUUCUAUGAACGACACAUCAAAUUUUAAGAAAGGAUCACCGACUGAUGGAAAACUUUAUUUACUUCAACAAAUCAGAUCUCUACAUCUGCAAGUCUGCAGCGUUUCGAAGUUGGUGAACCAGAUGUUCAAUGUUCAGAUAUUAAUAUAUACGUUCACAACGCUGGUGUACAUCAGUAUAUCGACUUACUGGAUAUAUAUGGAGAUCCAGAGAAAAACCGAUGUCGUAGAAAAGUUGGAUCUAGUAUUGAUAUUCUUGUUAGACGGUGUCGUUGGUAGUUUGAAAAUCGCCGUAAUGAGCUACGAUUGCGAAUAUACAAUGGGACAGGCGAGCAAGAUGAUAGACCUAAUCCAUUCGUGUACUCUGUAUCAAGAAAGCGCAGAAUUAAAAGACGAGACCCUCCAAUUUUUAUGGCAAAUAUCCUAUACACAACUUGAGGAUACAAAUUCAGUUCGUUAUAUACUGAACUACGGCUUUGUUCGUGACUGUUUAUACUUCGUAUUAACUUAUCUGGUGAUCAUGAUACAAUUGAGUCAGAACUUGACAAAGAAUGAUCAAAUCAAUAUCACAAAUGGAACCAUUUUCUGAAAGGAUGCAAAUAUAAUUGCGAAAUUUUCCACAUUUUUGAUAAUAUUGUAUUACAGAAUAUCAAAACACAGAAAGAGCAACUGUAGGUAUUGAAACAUUGAUUUGAUAUUUUAUGAGUAAAAUAAAUUUUUAAUUCUCGUCAGUACUGGAAAACUAACUUUAUAAAGUUUAUUAUUAUCUUCGUUGAUUUCACGAUAUUACUGUAUGCUGAGUUCAACGUUUUGCAUAAAAAAAUAUUCGUUCACGCUGCCUCUACUACCGAAACAAACAUAUGCUAGUUGCUUUACCUAUGACAUGAAAAUAAACUUGUUAGAUUGAAUGAUUCGUGAAAUGGAACACGAUAAUGCACAAGCGUGAAGAUUUUAAUAAUUGCGAUGUGAAGUAAAUAAAUAAAAGUAAUAAUUAUGAAUUUAUGCAGUAUCAUAACAUAAGAUUUGUAGACAUUAGACAUACGUAUAUGUUAUAAUGAAAGA